CGGCGGCGGAGCGGGACUGGGUUGGGCGCUGGCGGUCGGGGCGAGCCAUGGAAGGGCUGGAAGGUGAGAUUGCAGUGCAAACUGGAGAUCUGUUGCCAUGUAGGAUUUGUGGAAGGACUUUCUUUCCAGCAGCACUGAAAAAGCAUGGACCCAUUUGCCAAAAAACUUCUGCCAAGAAAAGGAAGACAUUUGAUUCCAGCCGCCAGAGAGCAGAAGGAACUGACAUUCCCACAGUAAAACCUCUUAAGCCACGGCCAGAACCCCCCAAAAAGCCAUCCAAUUGGAGACGAAAGCAUGAGGAAUUCAUAGCCACUAUACGAGCAGCCAAAGGACUUAAUCUUAAAGAUGGUGGAAAACUUCCUCCACCACCUCCGCCAUCAUAUGACCCUGAUUACAUUCAAUGUCCAUAUUGUCAGAGGAGAUUUAACGAAAAUGCAGCUGACAGGCACAUCAAUUUCUGUAAGGAACAAGCAGCACGAAUUACAAAUAAGGGGAAACUGGCAGCUGAUACCAAAGGGAAGGUUCCUACUCGAACACAGUACAAGCCUGCUGCAGUUAAGAAGAUGCCUUCUGCAGUGUCAACACCACCGUCAUUAUCAUCACGUCUACCGCAGCCAAGUGGUGUUAGCAAAGCAGUUGUAGGCUCCUCUUCAAGUAAAGCAUUGUCUUCAGCUGGAUCCAGUGGCAGCAAAAUUCAGUCGUUAUCACCAGCUCAUAAAAACUCAUUGGGAAUGGUGAACCCACAAGCAGGUAGUAAGAUGGACAAGUUAGGCCCACCACUGCGAACUGGAAGAGAUGUGCAAAGGUUUUAUGACACUGAUAGAAAAACAGACAGUACCAUCAAAAGACCAAAUGAAUUGUUGCCUAUAAAGAAAGGUGCGACAAAAACACGGAUGUCAACCCCUCCUAGUGUGGCAAGGACUAUGAGCACGGGUGCUCUAUCAAACAAAAGAAAAACUAGUAAUUCAGACAGUUACUCAAGGUCUGAUGGUAAAACUGGGAAUGACACUGCUGGCUACCUAUCGUCAGUCAACGGAGGAAGUUCAAAAAGCAAUGAAGGAAAUUCAUCUGUACAGUUACCUAAAUUUUGCCAUGAAUGUGGAACAAGGUAUCCAGUGGAAUGGGCAAAGUUCUGCUGUGAGUGUGGAAUUCGAAGAAUGGUUGUGUAAAUGCAUUCUUAAAAUCAAAGAGAAAGGGAGAUCCUGAAAGCAUCUGCUACGUGCUGCUGCAUGGAAAGCGAAAACACUCCAAGUUAGGCUUCAUGCUGCAAACAUGUUGAAGCAUUAUAAUUUUCUGAGUGCAAUCUGCUGGUUACAUAGUAAUUUAUAUAUAAAUAUGUAUACUGUAUAUAAAAGUAACAGGUACCUAAAACUGUGCCAUUCAAGGAAAUACUCUUUAAUCUCAGUUGGAAAUAUUUUAAAUUAGGGUAAAAAUGUGUUAAGUAAUUUAAGUGGUGGAAGUGGUUCAGUGUUACUUUUCUUAUAUAAUUCUAUAGAAUUUAAGUCACUCACCCAUAGGGAACUAGCCAUGAAGAAUUUCUGCAUCAAAAGUUUCUCUGUGGAGGCAUUUCUUUCUUAAGUGAUAGUAAUUAGAUGCUAUCUGUGUUGUAAGUGAAAACAACACGAGCAACUCCCUAUAAAUUCCUUGUUAUAAGUGCAAAAACUGGAGUGCAUCAACCUCUUCACUGUAAUACCCUAACUGAACUUUCCAGUUACUUGCAGGAUUUUUUUUAAUGAUUCAAAUAGGAAAAAGUCUGAAAAUUCCAUUCGCAUCUAAGAAAAUCAAAAGUUGUGGUUGUUGCUCUGCCCAUUUUGUUUUUGAAUAAGAACUUGUUAAUAUUUUAUGUAUUUAUAAGGACAAAUGUGAUAUUUUAAUUACUUUUAUUCAUAAAUACUUUUCUUCCUCUCCCUGUGCUCUCCACCAUGGCUAGCAUAUGUAAAAGCUCUUUACUUUUGUCCUUAAGGCUUGCAAAGGUCCUAUUUUUCUCUUUCCUUGUCUCCUGAAGGGGACUCUAUUGUAACUGUACCUAGAACUGUUGAACUUAUUUUUAAAAAACAACCUUCUUAUUGUAUCCAAUACAAAAAGAGUUCCAUAAAAAUGUAUACUAUUAGAAAAGUAGAAAUUAAGUAGUUACUUAAAUUAAGUUUUUUAUACUUAAUCUUGUGUAAAUAGCAGGUUCAGAGUUUGUAUGUUUACAGCUCCACAUGUGUUUUUUGUGGUGGAUUUUCUUCUGUUUUUUUUUCCUCCCCUUCCCAGUUCCUGGUAUUCAUGGGCUCUGAACAGUAACCUCAUAAAGUUUGUGACAGUCUUCAUGUGAGUUCAUUGGUAUGAAGUGUCAGGACCUGUAAGCUGUUCCUUUUUUGGUGGUUGUUUUGGUUUUUGUUUAUUUUUUUAAACAAUGCAAUCUACUAAAACCAUUCACAAGCUGUAUCACUUGUGUCUGAACGUAGUGAUUUGUUUUGUAAAGUUUUAUUUUGAAGUACUGCUACUGUCUUAUUGGAAGAACAAUCUGGAAGGACUUAAUUGUGCCUUUACCACAGUACACUUUUUUUUUUUUGUCAAAAAUGGUUACUUUCAGCUCACAAACAUUAUCAGAAGCAAUUUAUAUAGUUUCUUUUUUAGCUUGUGUAAAAUAUACUGCAGUGUUGCACUAUAGUGUAACUUAAUCGUUGGACGCAUUUUCAAAACAUGUAAUUAACAUCAGUGGUGCCAAUUGUGAGUAAACAUGAAUGAAGAAAUUAAUCUCCAAAUCAGGUUCUAUUCUUGGAGGAUAAGAGAUUUAAGAGGCUUGAUGUAGUCAUCUUCCAGGCCAGAAACUAUUGGUAUUUUAGAAUUACUUCAAUGAUAUGAAAUUGUCUUACACUUUGUAUAAAAAGUUAUUUCUAGAAAUUAUUCUUUUACCUAGUGUAGUCUUGUAAAUAGUUGAUAUAAGCUGGCUACAGAGCAUGAUAGGUUGGAUAACCAUUAAUGAGAGACCUGACAAGUUUUAGCCGAAUUGUAUUCUAGUUAGUUUAGGUCAGAGGAUAUUUUGGCAUGUCCCUAUCUGUACUUAGAAAAAAUUGGAAUCCUGCACAGAUAAGUCUGCUUUACAGAAUUUCUCCAGGACUUGGGCCUUGCAGGUCUACAUUUGAUGGAGGUUAGGAGCAUCCAUCAGAAAAGGUGCAAAUCCAAAAUAGGUUUGAUUGGUUAGUGAAUCUAUAAAAUAAUCAAUUCCUUUAUCUGACUUGAUGAAUUCCCGUUUCUUGUUUCUGCCAGAAGUAUGCAUUUUACCACUUAAUGAAAAUACAUUCUACAAGGAGAACAUUUUGUAAGGAAAUAAAUAUAUUCUAGGUUUUCAAGGACCAGUGACACUGUUGAGAAAUAUAUUGAUGUUUUCUCCUUUGAAUUGCAAGUGGUACAUUUCCUAAUUUUAAAAUCAAUUCAUAUAAAAUAAUGAUAAUUUCUGCUUUUUGAGUUGUGUAACUCUGCUUCCAGAGCUGCGUACAGUAAAGUGAGAGAGACACGGUUUAUUUACGAUUCUGUGAUGUAUAGCAAAAAUUAGAAAUGGAAUUAACCUGAACCAAAAGGAAAGUUUUAGAGAUUUCCUGAACUUUUAAUUUGGCCUUAAAAGAAUGUCUACUGAAGUAUAAAUGACUAUCAAUAGUAACAAUGAAAAUGUAAAUGACUGUGCUGCUUAUUAUGUUACAGUGAGACUAUCGGAAACCUAGUAUGUAUCUACUUUAUGAGCUGUUUGUUUUUUUUCACUGAGUGACAUGUUUCUGAAGUCUUUGGUGUUGCUGACAGUAGACAGUAUUACAUGCAUGAUCAGAACAGAUCACUGUAACUCCAUCUAAAUGCUUGCAAAUAGAUUAGCUCUACAGAACUGAAUAUGGAAAUGAAUCUAUUAUAGUAUUUAAAGAAAAAAAACAAACUGUAAGGGAGAUAAGUUAAGACUCUGAUCUUCAGGUGUAUUGCAUCUGCCAAGAAGGAUCUGAAUUCAGUUUAACAAGACCUGGGUUCACACCCCCUUUGCCCUACUCCUUCCCCUGCUUUUGUGUCUUGGUUCUUCCUGGGAGGAGAAAACAUCGGUACAUAUUCUAAAAGGGCAGAGUUCCUGAAUGCAUCGAGAAUCGAAAGUUUUAUAAUUGUAAACAUAACACAUGUAGAUGAUCUGUGCACCCAGAUGCACUGCACUGCUAAGAAUAACUUAGCUAGUGUUAUCCUCUGGAUGACUUGUUGACAGAUACUUAACUUAGAAGCAUAAAUUCCUUAGACUAAAUGUGUAAAUUUGGGAUGAUAUGAUUACUUCAUCUGUCUUUUCAGUUAUGUAUUUGUGAAUGCACAUAUAUAUUGCGUAAGAACUCUAGUCUUGCAAGUGUAAAAAGUUGUUUCACUGAAGCAGAGUUGAUACACAACAAUGCUGAACACUACUGGGGGAUUGUGAAGCCCCAUACAGAUAAUUGAUACACUUGCUGUAUUCAGGAAUUUAUUGAUGUGAUUUUAAUGUUACCUGUGUCUAUUUCUGAGCCUAUAACAGACUUUCUUUUAGCAUCUGCCACUGUAUGUUCCUGAAGUGCUUGCUAAGACAUGAAUAAAAUUCAACUAAUGAGAAAAGAAGGAAAUAAAGAAAGGCUAAUGGUAAAAUCCCAUGUAGAGAAACAAGAAUGUUGUUGCUGAGGUGCACAGCAUGCACAACUAAGCAUGUUUACAUUCACAUUUUGGUUUUGUGAGUAUUUUAUUUGAUUUAUAAAGGAUGUCUGUGCAACAGAAAGGAGCUGUAAGAACUGAAACUGUACUGAUGCAAGUGCAAUGGAAUUUUGAAAUAUACUGGCUUCAGAGGUGAAAGCAGGACAGCAUAAGGCCUAACCUUUAUAUGAUAUCACAAGUUUAUAUUUAACUGAUUCCAGUUCUGAAAGAAAUUGUCUAGGUUGUAUCUACUCACAGCAACUUAAAUGUAUGGUUAGAUAGUUAUAAAUAGUUAUAUCCUCAGUGUACACCUCUACAGGAAACUGUGCAGUAGGAGGCAGAGCAAGCUUUAGCACCCUUUCAAAUAGUAACUAUGGACAUCUAGGCAGAAAUUUCCUUACUUGCCAAAGAGGUUUGAACAGCCACCAGCCUCCCUCAGGUGGAUUUGAAAAGCUCAGCCUGAAGGAUUGCAUGACCAGGGAGCUCUCCAUGGUGCUCCUGGCACCAAUCCUUUCCCUGCAGUGUGCCUGGCUGUGUCUGAGCUCUUCCAUGCAGCAGGUAGCAAGGUGCACAGGGUGGUAACUCCAAAAUGUCCUUUAAGACCUGAGGUGAACUUCACCCAUUGUGGAACUUCUGUCAUUUGAGUGAGACUAGGUCCUAAUUCACAGUUGCAGUUAAGAGUUAGUGUCUGAAACGUGGUGUAUAAGGAGAAUGGUUCCGUGAUGCAUGCUUAUCAAGUCUAUGAGGGGGAAGGUAUGAUUGCAGUAAUUGAAAUGCUAACAAACACAGCAUUUAGCAGUGCGCACUGAUGGAGGCUAUGUAAUUAGAGUCUAAAAUGAAAUGGCAUUGUCAGUGUCUUACUAAGUUCUCAAGAAGUACUGGUUUUCAACACGUAGCUUUUGUAUCUGUGCAAUGAACAAACUUUUUAUAAGUUUUCUGAAAGCUUGACUAAAAAAUGUGUGUUUUGUAAGAGCAUUUGUUGCAACUGCAUUUCUUUCAGUUUGACAAAGCUAUCAGUAAUUGUUUGGGUUGUAUGAGACAGUGGAAAUAUCGUCUUUGAAGUUGUUUUUGGUGACUGGUGAAAAUAUUUUCAUUGACUUUGAAAAAGCACAGCUCAUUCCAACUUGUGAUGGUUGUGUUGCAGAGUAAAACUUUGAGUUACUUUGUUGUGUCACUGAAAAAAAUGUUCAGUAAGAGAUUCUUGGCUGUAUUCAGCAUUUACUUGGUUGAUGCUGUCUUUCAAGCAUUCAUGAUAUAAAGGAUUAGUCUUGCAUAUUAGUGGAUUUUGUUUUGUUCAUUAUCUUUUUAUUUUUUUAAUGUGUGUUGUUCCAGAAUACCCUAUUCUGCUUAGUCCCAUUUCGUGUUGGCAGAAAACAGCCCACUUAUAUUUUCUUUUAAAUAAUUAUUGUUGUUUUUUGUUUUAUAAAUCAUUUUCUUCCAAUACAAGCAGCAACUUGUGAGACAGCAAAUCAAAUACUCGUUUUAAUAUUGUUGAACAGUGAGCAUAAGGUCUAAAUGUUGUUUUUCAUUGUUCUUGUAUUUGAAUUUCUGGCAGAAAUGCAAAUUGAUUUGGAUCUGUUCUGGUAAAAUGCUAAGUAUUCCAUGGCUGUUAGAAAACCUACUUUAUAUGACUGCUUUAACUCUCUUGGUCUUCGUCCUUCAUAUGAUACUUAAUAUGUAUCUCCAUAAGUUUAUUUAUUGAUGUUCCAUGUUUUUAAGUGUUCAUUCAUGUAUUUAAUUUUGUCAGCACUGCAUUUAUUAUGUUUGCCUUGCCCUUCAGUAUACUUAAUAUGUGUUUGUGACCAUCCAGUGUUUUGUGGGGUUUUUUUGUUUGUUUUUGCAGAAUGCUUAGGUUUGUGUUUUAUUUGAUAUAUUAUUAUUAUUUUAGACCUUCAAUUCUGUUUUCAUCAAUAAAUGUAAAUCACCCCCUGAUGCUAAUUUGCCACUUGUUAACAAUAAAGUGAAUAUGCCAAUAAAA